ACUGUUGCUGCUGAAGGAUUUGCAGGUCGUUAUCUCUUGCAAACUAUCAAACAGGUGGAGCCUCAUGUAAAACAACUUUUUCAAAGUCUAGCAAUAUCCACCUCGAGUGGUGGCUAUUACAGAGGUGGAUUUGAACCCAAAAUGACAAAACAAGAAGCAAUAUUAAUACUAGGGGUGAUCCCAACUGCCAGUAACUGAAAAAUAAGAGAUACACAUCAAUGAAUCAUGCUCUUAAAUCACCCUGACAACGGAGGAUCUCCUUGUAUCGCAGCCAAAAUCAGUGAAUCUAAAGAUUUACUAGAAGGUCAAGCUAAAAAAGGAAGUAAACAUAAAUUUUCAGUUCACAUUAGUGUGUAUGAGCAACAACUUUUUGUAAUAAAAUAA